AUGUCGAGCUACGUCUACGAGCUUCCGACGACGGGGAACGUCGUAUUCAGCGAAUUUAUACUCGACCAAACGGGUCAAUACAGCCACGCUAUAGGAAAUGCAACUGUUGCGCGAACCAAUCUACGCGCCGUGCUCAAGGAGUCGAAGCGGACCGAUGAGGGGGAAAAGGACUAUCUCCGAAUUGUCAAGGUCAUUGAUGAUUACCUCCCUCAUCUAUAUGCGAUCAUGGAUUGCGUAGACUCGGAUGAUCUUUCGCUUAAGAACCAGCCAGUAAAAAGCGUUCAGCUGGCGAUCGACAUUCUCAGCGAAUCUUCUGAACAACUCCCCCCGUCAGACACACUGGCGAACCUAGCCGCAUCAUGUGUCACUUCGCUUGGCCAAUACGAGCGAGAACGAGCUAUUACCGACGCACUGCGCAAGGUCAAGGAUGAGAAGCUCAAUUUCGCUGUGCAGCUUCUUUUGAGAGCAGCUGGUGUAUUUGCACAUACCGCAGAGGUGGUGAUACCACAGUGGGAACGCUAUCUGAGUGAUGUUGGGAGCGUAUCCAAUCCCUUGACUACUCUCAAACCGGUGGAUCUCAGCAAGGAACUCGUCUUGGCGCUAUCAAAGUUCUCGAUGGCAGAAGCCCAGACGUUGGCGGUGCGCAAACUAAUGUCCAGGUCCGCAUACGAUUCUACGCUCACUCCUGGACCGCCGCUUCCAAAAUCUCAUCCUAGUCCAAAGUUGAUAGUGAAACUCUCUCUGUUUGCGCUUGAGAGUUACGCUUCGGCAUGCUCACUCGCGAAGAGCGCAAGGGGGGGCAUUCAAGGUGGUACUGAAGUCACCAAGGAUUUGACACGAUGGCUAGCAGACGAAACGUCACUAACCUCUGCGUUAUCCCAUAAAUGGCUAGGAGUCGAAGCGGGCGAACAAUCGUCAACUUCUGGCAAAGCAGGCGAAGCAGUUGGCUUCCUUCAGUGGGCAAAAUCAGAACUAGAGGCGCUCAAAGAUGGAGGGCAUGGAAUUGCUGGCCUCAGUAGAAAAGCCAAGCGAAAGGAACGAGUCGCCGAGGAGAUUGCGAGCACCAUGGCUUUUCUUAGCCACUAUAAGAAGUUGAACGAUACUAUCCACUUUGAGCCUGUACUUCCGGUGGCGACUCUUCAGUCCAUGAUUCCAACGGGCAAAUCGGCUGUCGAGAUGAAACUAUUCACUCCACCACCACCCUCAUUUCGAUCCUCGAGGACUGUGCAGUUUUCGGCUCAGCCACCAGAAAUUGUCGGAGAGGAAGCGGAAGUCGCUGCACCUCAGAGCGAAGGAGUUUCGCCGAACCCGACUACGGUAGCACCUAGACCCGCAUAUUUUUGA